AUGGCCUCGACUACUUCUUCAUUGGUUCAGCUUGCCGAAAGCAUCCUCGCCCAGACUAAGAAACUGGACGAGUAUCUGGCGUCACACAAGCUCCCCCAACCUUCCUUCGAUGCCAACGGACCAACGACCUUCCCUGCCAGCCCCGAAGAGGCUGACAUUAAUGCCGUUCGUCAUAAACUCAUCGACGCAACCAAAGAGCUCAGGGAUCUCGUCACUUAUCCCUCCGAUACGCUCAAAUGGAUGAUCAUGACUGACCACACCCUAGCAGCCAGCCUGCAUGCCAUCUCCCACUUCAAGGUCGCCCAGGCCGUUCCCGUGACCGGCUCCAUCGCCUUCGCCGACCUCGCCAAGGCCACGGGGCUCAGCGAGCUCAACGUAGCCCGCUUCGUCCGCCGCGUCGCCCUCGCCCGGAUCUUCGCCGAGCCCCAGCCGGGCCACGUCGCCCACACGGCCGCCUCGCUCCUGCUCGGCACGGACCCGCAGAUGCAGGCCCUCGUGGCGCACAUGUCCGAGGAGGCCUUCCCGGCGUCGGCGCGCAUCGUCGACGCGCUGGACAAGUUCCCCUACAGCGGCGAGCCGGGCGAGAGCCCCUUCAGCCUGGCGUUCGGCGGCGCGAGCUUCUUUGAGCGCAAGAUGGCGCGGCCCGAGACUAUGCAGCGCUUCGCGGCGGCGAUGGGCAGCUGGAGCGCGGGCGACGGCAGCGCGCACAUGCGCGACUGCUACGACUGGGCGGCGCUGCCGCGGGGCGCCACGGUCGUCGACGUCGGGGGCGCGGCGGGCCACAUCUCGCUCGCGGUCGCGGAGAAGUUCCCCGGCCUGGAGUUCGUUGUCGAGGACCAGCCGCCCGUGAUGGAGCAGGCGCGGGCGCUGAUCGCGUCGUCCCCUGUCGGCGUCGCGAAGAGGGUGCAGUGGGUGGCGCACGACUUCUUCCAGCCGCAACCUGAUGUGGCCAAGGGCGCGGAUGUGUAUUUCAUGCGGUACAUCCUGCACGACUGGUCGGACGCGUAUGCAAAGAAGAUCUUGCGGAAUGUUGUGCAGGCUAUGGGCCCUGAGAGUAGGCUCGUCAUUGCUGAUGCUGUCAUGCCGCCUCCUGGACUGCUGCCUCAGUGCCAGGAGGAGGUGUUGCGAAGUUUCGAUGUGAGUAUGCUGGCGCAACUCAAUUCCCAGGAGCGCACUCUGGAGAUGUGGGAGACGCUACUCAAGGACUCGAGCGAUGGUAAGCUGGGCAUCAGCAAGGUCAUCAUGCCUCCCAAGGGCGAGUCUGUUAGCAUUCUUGAGGUGAACUCAUCAAUCCUCUCAGCCUUUUGGACCAAGGAAAGCAUCUCAACCAAGUUCCAGGGUCUACACGCGAUGGAUUUUGAAGCUGAGGCCUUGUUGCUCCGACGAGUCGAUACUGGGUCCCAGGGUCUACACGCGAUGGAUUUUGAAGCUGAAGCCUUGUUGCUCCGACAAGUCGAUACUGAGAUCCAGGAUCUACGCGCGACAGAUUACGAUGCCGAGGCCUUGCUGCUCCGUCAAAUCAUCUUUGAUUCUCCGCCGUGCGCCUUCCGCCAGUUCGGCAAGCUCCACUUGGAGAUCCGUACCGAGAUCUGGAGACUCACAGCUUUGAACGUCGUUCGGGUCAAAGAGGUUUUUAAUAAUGCCAAGGGCCGUACGGCCCUCCGGAGGCCUGUCCCCACCGUUCUGCAGGUGUGCAAGGGGAGUCGGUUCGAUCUCACGUACGAGAACAACGUCCCCCUUGCCCGCGAGGAUCCCGACAAAUACUAUCUGCUCCAUGGAGAGUGGGAGAAGGAGCCGCAUCGAGUUUAUGUGAACUGGAAGAGAGACGAAAUCUACCUGGCGAGACCAGGCUUGUGGCCAUCCAUCUCAUACCAGCCAAGCUUUAGGGAGAACAUGCGCUUCCUUGUCAUGGACUGGGGUCUGCAGAGGAUCUGGUGGAACAACGUGAACAGCAUGGGAGGCAUCAGGAUGAUCCAACAGUAUCCACGACUCGAGUCCGUCACGUUGCUGUACAGAUUCCCAGUGUCUUUCGGGGAGGAUUCAGAGGAACCGAAGACGAAGUCGCAAAUUCGCUGCUUGAAGAGAAAGAGGCUCAACGAACUGAGGGAUGUUCUGAGGAGAGCCCUGGCAAGGGAACUGGACGAGCACCCUACUUGGCGGCGCGUUCCAAUUUACAUUGUGGAGAACAAGUAG